UCAAGGCGAUCAGGUGGCUACUGAUCAAGCUUUUGCUGUUAUGAGAUGCAUGCGGUGUCUCUUUGAAGAUGCCCACUUUCAGCUCAUCAUCUACCUCAUCCUCUCCUUCCCGGCCUUCCCCGUCACGCCCUGGGCCCUCAUCCUCACCCUGGGCUUGCCCAUCGAGUGCAUCUUCUUGCGCAUCUGGGGUCAUGGUCAGUGGCGGGAGUAUGCUGCGAAUCGCUGCUCUGAAGCUCCGUGGCAUCUCUUUUCCUCUCCGCAGUCCAAGAUCGAGUCUAUCCGCUUCUGGCUCGUCUUCUCCUUGCUCAAGAUCGUGGCCACUGCCCUCGCUACCGUCUACUUUGUCCACGUUGUGUGCGGCGAGCCGCUCCAUCUCCACACUGCCAUGCUGCAUAUGAGUCCGAUCCUCUUCUUUACCGUCUUUUCUCUGCCCUUUGGCUGGAAGCUGUUCUCACUCGACUGGCCACAGGAGCUGCGUACGAUCGUGUCGCGCGUGGCUAUCGUGGGCGUCGAAGACAUGUUUGAGCUCCAUGCGCUGAGUGAGGACAACACGCUGGACGAGCCGCUUGCCGAGAAGCACGGCGGGAACGUGCGCUGUCGCUUCCGGCGCGUCUACUUCCGCGCCGUGCUCGAGUACAUGUGGAACUCGACGGCUCCGGAGGAAGGCGACAACGGUACACUCGUCGUGCAACGCGACGAUAGAUUUGGUGGGUCUGUCGAGACCACGGCUUCCGAUCUGGCACAUGAUUGGUGGUCCAAGACCGCCGUGUAUGGUAUUCUGCGUGGGAUGGUGGGCGCUGUGAAGUUGUGGAUUGGCAACAACGGAUUCAUGCAGUCGCACUCGACGUACUCAGCGUGCUUGCUCAACGCGAAGGCGACGAUGGAAAACGAUGUUGUGUAUCCACUCAACAAGGAGAUCUGGGAGGACAUCGAGUUUGUUUACAUGGCCAAAGACAAGAAUCUGGCAACGAUUCGGGCGACACGGUUCCGCCACCACAAGAUCGACCUUCAGGUGCGCAACCAGGUCGAUCCGGCGGAUGCUAAGAAGGCGGGAAGCUCGCCAACGUGA